GAAGAGGGCGGUGCGCAACUUGUCAGGUUGGUGCGACCCGCCAGUAAAAAACCUGCAGAAGAAGAAGAAGAAGAAGAAGAAGAAGAAGUGAGAGAGACGGCGGAAAGUCUCCAGAGUUUCACUUUAACGUCUUAAAGUGUUCACGUCCUCAGGUUGUUAUGAAGGUGUGAAGGUGUGGACUCUGCUAUGAAUCAGGCUGAGGACCCAGAGGACAGUGUCCCUCCCUCUGAAGCCCCUCUGUGUGGGGGACAUGACAGACAGACCAAAGCUCAGAGGACCCAUCAGAGACCAGGACCUGCACCUGGACCCAGCUGUGUGUCCAUGAAGAGUAACCAGUCUAUGGAGCCUCCUAUGAAAUUCAAAGAUGUCCGUCCCUCUGCUGAUGCAAGGUCACAUCAGCAGAGAAGAAAGUCUCCUGAACCCAGCUGUGUGUCCAUGAAGAGUCAUCAGUCUGAAGGUCGAUGGAUCGACUUCAAAGAUGAUCAGUCUAAUGGUCAUCUAGUGAACUUCAAAGAUGGAGACUGUUCUUAUGACCCUGAAGAAGACCAGGAGAGCUCAGAGGUUCCCACAGGUCAGUCUGACCUGAGGAGAAGGGAGCAGGAGGAGCUGGCUGAACGUCUGCAGAGCAGUCUUCUUCCUGUAGAUUGUCAGCGUGAACUCAAAUCCAACCUGAAGAAGAGGUUCCAGUCUGUGUUUGAGGGCAUCACUAAAGCAGGAAACCCAACCCUUCUGAAUGAGAUCUACACAGAGCUCUUCAUCACAGAGGGAGGGACUGCAGAGGUCAAUCAAGAACAUGAGGUCAGACAGAUUGAAACAGCAUCCAGGAGACCAGCCAGACCAGAAACAACCAUCAGACUAGAAGACCUCCUCAAAGCCUCAGCUGGAGGAGAAAAACCAAUCAGAACAGUGAUGACUAAGGGAGUGGCUGGCAUUGGGAAAACAGUCUUAACACAGAAGUUCACUCUGGACUGGGCUGAACACAAAGACCACCAGGACAUACAGUUCACAUUUCCAUUCACCUUCAGAGAGCUGAAUGUGCUGAGAGAGAAGAAGUUCAGCUUGGUGGGACUUGUUCAUCACUUCUUCAGUGAAACCAGAGCAGCAGGAAUCUGCAGGUUUGAGGAGUUCCAGGUUGUGUUCAUCUUUGACGGUCUGGAUGAGUGUCGACUUCCUCUGGACUUCCACAACAAUGAGAUCCUGACUGAUGUCACAGAGACCUCCUCGGUGGAUGUGCUCCUCACAAACCUCAUCAGGGGGAAGCUGCUUCCCUCUGCUCGCCUCUGGAUAACCACACGACCUGCAGCAGCCAAUCAGAUCCCUCCUGAGUGUGUUGACAUGGUGACAGAGGUCAGAGGGUUCACCGACCCCCAGAAGGAGGAGUACUUCAGGAAGAGGAUCAGAGAUGAGGAGCAGGCCAGCAGCAUCAUCUCCCACAUCAAGACCUCACGAAGCCUCCACAUCAUGUGCCACAUCCAAGUCUUCUGCUGGAUCACUGCUACAGUUCUGGAGGUGUUGAAGACCAGAGAAGGAGGAGAGCUGCCCAAGACCCUGACUGAGAUGUACAUCCACUUCCUGGUGGUUCAGUCCAAAGUGAAGAAGGUCAAGUACGAUGGAGGAGCUGAGACGGAUCCACACUGGAGUCCAGAGAGCAGGAAGAUGAUCGAGUCUCUGGGAAAACUGGCCUUUGAUCAGCUGCAGAAAGGUCACCUGAUCUUCUAUGAAUCCGACCUGACAGAGUGUGGCAUCGAUAUCAAAGCAGCCUCAGUGUGCUCAGGAGUGUUCACUCAGAUCUUCAGAGAGGAGAGAGGACUGUACCAGGACAUGGUGUUCUGCUUCGUCCAUCUGAGUGUUCAGGAGUUUCUGGCUGCUCUUCAUGUCCAUCUGACCUUCUUCAGCUCUGGUGUCAAUCUGCUGUCAGGAGAACAAACACCCUCCCGGUGGUCUAAACGCUUAAAACCCAAUCCUGAACCAAUACAUCUCUACCAGAGUGCUGUGGACAAGGCCUUAAAGAGUCCUAAUGGACACCUGGACUUGUUCCUCCGCUUCCUCCUGGGUCUUUCCCUGGAGACCAAUCAGGGUCUCCUACAAGGUCUGCUGACACAGACAGGAAGUCGCUCACAGACCCAUGAGACAUCAGUCCAGUACAUCAAGAAGAAGAUUAGUAAGAAUGUGUCUCCAGAGAAAAGCAUCAAUCUGUUCCACUGUCUGAAUGAACUGAAUGAUGUUUCUCUAGUGGAGGAGAUCCAACAGUCCCUUAGAUCAGGACGUCUCUCCUCAGAUGAACUGUCUCCUGCUCAGUGGUCAGCUCUGGUCUUCAUCUUACUGUCAUCACAGGAAGAUCUGGAGGUGUUUGACCUGAAGAAAUAUCGUGCAUCAGAUGAGGCUCUUCUGAGGCUGCUGCCAGUGGUCAAAGCCUCCAACAAAGCUCAACUGAGUGACUGUAACCUCUCACAGAGAAGCUGUGAAGCUCUGUCCUCAGUCCUCAGCUCCCAGUCCUCUAGUCUGAGAGAACUGGAUCUGAGUAACAACGGCCUGCAGGAUUCAGGAGUGAAGCUGCUGUGUGAUGGACUGAAGAGUCCACACUGUGACCUGGAGACUCUCAGACUGAGUGACUGUAACCUCUCAGAGAGAAGCUGUGAAGCUCUGUCCUCAGUCCUCAGCUCCCAGUCCUCUAGUCUGAGAGAACUGGAUCUGAGCUACAACGGCCUGCAGGAUUCAGGAGUGACGCUGCUGUGUGAAGGACUGAAGAGUCCACACUGUGACCUGGAGACUCUCAGGCUGUCAGGCUGUCUGAUCACAGAGGACGGCUGUGCUUCUCUGGUCUCAGCUCUGAGCUCCAACCCCUCCCACCUGAGAGAGCUGGACCUGAGCUACAACCAUCCAGGAGACUCUGGGGUGAAGAUGCUGUCUGCUGGAGUGAAGGAUCCUCACUGGAGACUGGAGACUCUCAGGGUGGAGCCUGCUGGAGUCCAAUGGUUCAGACCAGGUCUGAGGAAGUAUUCCUGUGAACUCACAAUCGACACAAACACAGUAAACAGAAACCUCCAACUGUCUGACAACAACAAGAAGGUGACACGUGUGUGGGAGGAGGAUCAGUCACACCCUGAUCAUCCAGACAGAUUUGACUUCUGGCCUCAGCUGCUUUGUAGAACUGGUCUGACUGGUCGCUGUUACUGGGAGGUUGAGUGGACUGGUCCUUUGGUUCCUCAGUGUCUUUGUGUCCUCUUCAGGACGGAGAGUCUCCUCCUGGUGGAGAACCUUCCUCUCUGCUCACCACAUAGUUCAGUGUGUACAGCUGAUGGUGGUUCAGGUGCAGGUGGAGCAGGUGAGGGGUACCUGAGCUGGUCUGGACUCUGGGGGUCCACAGCUCUCUGGGUCUCAGAUGGACGUGUGAAAGAGCUCAGCUUGAUGCUGCUGUGCUCCUUGAAUCAGUAGAUGAUCAUUUAGAUGUUAAUGCAACGUUAAAGAAGACAUUUUAUAAGAAGUCUGUCAUCUGCCCCCCCCCCCCCCCAAUAUGAGAUCAAUGUCAUUUGUGUUUAUUAUCAUUUCAUUGUUUUAACAACAGAAAUAAUGAAAAUAUUUUUACCUGAAAAUCCUUCAAAAUGUGUUCAGUGAAAUAAAAUCUAAUUUCAAAUAAUCAGGUUUGUGUUUGUGAUGUAAAUAAAUGACUUUAAUCGUAAGCGGUGGUUAACGGGCGUCAUGGCGUGGUGGUCAGCACGGGGGUCUGAAGAAGGUUCAGCACCUUUGUGGGGGGGGCUGCAUGUUCUUGGUGGUUCUCCAGAUGGAUGGAUGGAUAUUUAAAUCAAACAGGUGAAGGUGGGUUCUAGUUCACCUGUAAUAUUGGACUCAUUUGGGCACAAAGGAGACGUUGAUCCUCCUUUUCAGCAGCUGCCACGUGAACAAGUGACGAGUUACUGACAUGAAUCUGGUUUAGUCCCCACAGCCCAUAAAGGGGGGGAUUGUUUUAAUUUAUUCAUUAAUUACAGCCGUUCUGAUCCAACACCUUCAUAGAAUUCAUCAUCUUGUGACACCUUAAGUCCACGAGGCCUUUUUUACACUUUAGUGAAAGAUUUAAGAAACGUAUGAAAUGAAGGAGACAUUUUUACAUUGAAACACGUCAGGCUUUAAAUCCACUUUAUUCCUUUUGUUCCAUCAAAGACUAAAGUUGAGACACACAAUAGUGCACGUGUACACACACACACACACACACACA